AUGGACUUCUUAUUCUUCCUCCUCCUCAGCUGCCUCAUCUUGACCCUCACCUUCCUCCGAUUCCUGACAAGAAACCCUCCGUCUGCCAAACUCCCGCCGGGCCCCUCCCGGCUUCCAAUAAUCGGCAACCUCCACAUGCUGGGCGACAAGCCUCACCAGUCACUGGCCCAGCUCGCCAAGAUCCACGGGCCCUUGAUGAGCCUCCAGCUGGGCCGAGUCACAACCAUCGUCGCCUCCUCCCCAGACACCGCCAGGGAGAUUCUCCAAAAGCACGACAAGGUCCUCUCCGACCGCCACGUCCCCGCCGCCGCCCAAGUCCUCGACAUCCACAAAUUCGCCAUCCCGGCGCUUCCCGUGGGCCCCAGGUGGAGGAACCUCAGGAAACUGUGCAACUCGUACAUCUUUACAACCCAGAAGCUAGACAUGAACCAGGACCACAGGAGGGUGAAGGUUGUCGACCUCCUCGAAGGUAUCCGGCGUCAUGCCGAAGAAAGGCCCGGAGAGGCGUUGGAUGUCGGUAAGGCAGCGUUCAAGGCCAGUUUGAAUGCUCUGUCGUCCACCGUUCUUUCGAUGGAUCUAGCGGACGAGGAGAAGUCAUCUGGGACCGCGAGGGAAUUCAAGGAUCUGGUGAGGGAGCUGCUGGGAGAGAUUGGGAAGCCCAAUUUGGGAGACUAUUUCCCCGUUGUGGCGAGGUUGGACUUGCAAGGGAUACAAAGGCGGGCGGAGGGUCAUGCAAGAAAGAUGUUGAAUUGGUUCGAAUGGGUGAUCGACCAACGGCUGCGAAAUUUGAAGUCGGAGAGCUACGUCUCGACCAACGACAUGCUCGACACGCUUCUGGCCAUGGGAGAUAUUGAUGAUCAUGACAACAAGCACGAGGAGGCUGCUACUACAAUGGAUCCAUUAUGCAUCAAAUACUUGUUCUUGGAUCUCUUCGUAGCUGGUACUGAUUCAACUACAAGCACACUAGAAUGGGCAAUGACAGAGCUACUCCGCAACUCUGAGACACUCACUAAAGCCAAGAUAGAACUAGACCAAAUUAUUGGAAAAUACAAUCAUCUUCAGGAAUCGGAUAUCCAUCGAUUACCAUAUUUGCAAGCAAUAGUGAAAGAAACCUUUAGACUACACCCACCAACUCCACUACUACUUCCUCACAAGGCAACGACAGAUGUGGAAAUUCAUGGUUUUACUGUGCCCAAAGCUGCCCAAAUUCUAGUUAAUGUGUGGGCUAUAGGUCGGGAUUCGACAACAUGGGUAGAUCCAAACUCUUUCAUCCCAGGAAGAUUUUUGGAUUCGAAGGUUGAUGGGAAGGACAACAGUUUUGAGCUGCUUCCAUUUGGUUCUGGAAGAAGAAGCUGUCCAGGACAACCGUUGGCAUUGAGAAUGUUACAUAUGAUGUUGGGCUCGCUGGUUCAUGGAUUUGAUUGGAAGUUGCCGGAUGGGUUAAAGCCAGAGACACUAGAUAUGGAAGAAAAUUUUGGAUUGACUUUACACAAGGCCAAACACUUAUUUGCGAUUCCGACUCUAAGGUAA